GGCGGAGGAUGCCGCCGCCGCCGCCGCCCGCCGGCCCCCGGCGAGCCUGACUCCAGACCCGAGGAUGGAGCCGGCGCUGGGCGCUGCAGCGGCUCCCGGUGCGCCCCCCCACCAGCCUUCUCCAGUGUGAAACGGAGCUGAGAACUGGCUUCCAUGUGAAGUUCCUGUGAGGAAUAAAUGAGCGGAUGCAGGUCAAAGGCUUAGCACUUAGGAAGUACUCCGAAGAUGCUAACCGAAACAACGCUCGCCACGGUGUUGACGUUUUAACUUAGAAUCCGCGAGCAGCGUCAAGGUCAGGGAUGCUCCCUGGUCCACUUCUGCUUUGAGUUGUAGGUAGCCGCUCUCCUCUCCGCUGUGGCUGGAAGAAGAACCUCCCUCCCCGGCUGUCCCUUCCGUGCGGGCCUCGGCGUCUGGGCUGUCUAGACAGAGCUGCCAUUUCCACCGGGAGGUCUGAGUCUGCUGGCCACAGGGCAUCUGCACAGGCUGGGACCGCCGGCUAGGCCAGGAGCCCCGGCAGCUGUGGACUCCCUAGCUCGGAGCAGCCCCUCUUUGACCCCGCAUGGUGGAGAAGCAGCCCCAUGAAGGUGCCCAGCCAUGCAAUGUUCCUGGAAGGCUGUCCUCCUCCUUGCCCUGGCCUCAAUCGCCAUCCAGUACACGGCCAUCCGCACCUUCACCGCCAAGUCCUUCCACACCUGCCCGGGGCUGGCAGAGGCAGGGCUGGCCGAGCGGCUGUGCGAGGAGGGCCCCACCUUCGCCUACAACCUCUCCCGCAAGACCCACAUCCUCAUUCUGGCCACCACGCGCAGCGGCUCCUCCUUCGUGGGCCAGCUCUUCAACCAGCACCUGGACGUCUUCUACCUGUUCGAGCCCCUCUACCACGUGCAGAACACGCUCAUCCCCCGCUUCACCCAGGGCAAGAGCCCCGCGGACCGGCGGGUCAUGCUGGGCGCCAGCCGCGACCUCCUGAGGAGCCUCUAUGACUGUGACCUCUACUUCCUGGAGAACUACAUCAAGCCGCCGCCCGUCAACCACACCACCGACAGGAUCUUCCGCCGCGGGGCCAGCAGGGUGCUGUGCUCUCGCCCCGUGUGCGACCCCCCGGGCUCCGCCGACCUGGUGCUGGAGGAGGGGGACUGCGUGCGCAAGUGCGGCGUGCUGAACUUGACGGUGGCCGCCGAGGCCUGUCGGGAGCGCAGCCACGUGGCCAUCAAGACCGUGCGGGUGCCCGAGGUCAACGACCUUCGGGCCCUGGUUGAGGACCCCCGGUUGAACCUCAAGGUCAUCCAGCUGGUCCGGGACCCGCGUGGCAUUCUGGCCUCCCGCAGCGAGACCUUCCGCGACACGUACCGGCUCUGGCGUCUCUGGUACGGCACGGGGAGGAAGCCCUACAACCUGGACGUGACGCAGCUGACCACGGUGUGCGAGGACUUCUCCAACUCCGUGUCCACCGGCCUCACGCGGCCCGCGUGGCUCAAGGGCAAGUACAUGUUGGUGCGCUACGAGGACCUGGCCAGGAACCCCAUGAAGAAGACCGAGGAGAUCUACGGCUUCCUGGGGAUCCCCUUGGACAGCCACGUGGCCCGCUGGAUCCAGAACAACACGCGGGGCGACCCCACGUUGGGCAAGCACAAAUACGGCACCGUGCGAAACUCGGCGGCCACGGCCGAGAAGUGGCGCUUCCGCCUCUCCUACGACAUCGUGGCCUUUGCCCAGAACGCCUGCCAGCGGGUGCUGGCGCAGCUGGGCUACAAGAUGGCCACGUCGGAGGAGGAGCUCAAGAACCCCUCCAUCAGUCUGGUGGAGGAGCGGGACUUCCGCCCUUUCUCGUGACGAGGGCGCCGUGGGUGGGGGUGAGGGGCAUGUGGCGUCGGUUUUGAUAAAAUGGACCGUUUCUAACUGUUGCCUUAUUUCCCCCUCCCGCCCCCACCCUGCCUUUGUGUCCUUCCUGUCCCCUGCCCACCCUCCACUUCCUUCUGCCCCCCUUUUCGUCUCUGAAAUUUGCACUAUGUCUUGGACAGGAAUCACUGGGGCAGAGGGGAUGUGAAGUGGGGUGAGCCCCCACCCCACCCCAUUCAGACACACGGAUGCUGGGUCUCUGCGUGGAUGGUGACAAUGUUUACAAGCACGACACUCACACAUUCACAUGAGCGCAUGCGCGCGCGCGCGCGCGCGCACACACACACACACACACACACACACACACACACACGGGCGCCCACGAGGAGAGAUACGUGCCCCAAACCACAGAACUUCGGAAGCUUCUCCAACGGACGAGUGGUCCGGGUAUGGUAGUUUUUGCACUGUCUUACUUCCACAAGGUAAGAGGUUAAAAACAAAAAAGGCCACCUCUCUCUAAUUUAUGAAUGGUGUCUAAUCCCUCCCCACCCUGCUGCCUGCCCCCAGUGCCCGCUGUCCCCCUGGGAGCAGAGAAACUGCCCCCUCCUGCCCGCCCUUGCCUGUCGGUGAGCAGGUUUUUACUGUGAGGUGAAUGUGGACCUUGCUGAUUUUUUUCCAGUCUGUGGCGAUGCUGUCUGUCUGUCUGUCUGAGUCUCGUGGCUGCCCCUGGACCAGUGACGGCUGAUAAAUCUUAGGGGUUUCCGAUUGAUCUUGGGGUCCAUCAGUGAUAUUUCUUUGUGCCAAAAAGAAAAAAAAAAAAAAGAGUGGAUCAGUUUGCUAAACGAACAUUGAAAUGCUUUAUCUGUGUUUUCUGUAAAUAAAAGUGUGCAAUAAUA